CCACUAAUGAUGACGUCUUAACAUGCGCGUGCGCUGCAGCAGCGAUGUUGAGGUGGGGAAUGCGUUUUAAUGUUUAUGGUUUUUAUUGAAUAAAGUAAUGAGCUUUCCAUGCAAUAAUAUUAACAACAAGAUUGUUCCUAGUAUCUUCUCACUACUACAAACUCAAAACUGCGUGAAAUCUCGCUAUCGAUACCGGACCCUGUGUUCAGUGGUCCUGCAGCCGGACCGAGCAUCAACUUGUUCUGAGAGUGUUUCGAAGCCGAUGCUUGAGCAGCAUCAACACCGCGGGAUGGAUCCCAGCCUAUACACCGCUCCUCCUGAGGUCCGAGGUAUGACCUGUUUGGAUAAAGAAGUCUUCUCCCAGACAGUUAUUGUCCCAGCCUUGCGUGUGCCAAAAGAAGUCCUCAAUAAAUUGGUUAAGAGCCUGAAAAAAGUAGCACUCCAGCGCCCGGGCAUACGAAGAGUGGUUGAGGUUGAAGGCAGCGAUGACGAGAGGCUCUUGUUGCUGGACCCUGCCAGUGUCUCCUCACCCAGCUCAUUCAGCGAUGCAGAAGCCGAGGCGUUGCAGUCAUUUGGAGUACCUCAAGAGCUCCAGCGGUACGAGCUGCGGCUGACCUAUGACAACCUGAAGAGUGAGGAGGUUCUGCGCGCUGUGCUGCCAGAAGGCCAAGACGUCACCUCGGGGUUUAGUCGAGUGGGUCACAUUGCGCACAUGAACCUGCGUGAGCACCAGCUGCCCUACAGAAACCUCAUAGGCCAAGUCAUAAUGGAUAAGAACCCUGGGGUGACCUGUGUGGUCAAUAAGACCAACACCAUCGACUCCGCCUACCGCAACUUCAAGAUGGAGGUGAUGGCUGGAGAGGAAAAUAUGGUGGCUAAAGUGCGUGAGAACGGCGCGACAUACGAGUUUGAUUUCUCCCGUGUGUAUUGGAACCCUCGUCUUAGCACCGAGCAUGAGCGUGUGGUGGCUCUUCUGAAACGCGGUGACACUGUGCUGGAUGUGUUUGCUGGCGUGGGUCCUUUUGCCAUCCCCGCUGCCCGCCGUGGCUGCACUGUGCUGGCCAACGACCUCAACCCCGAGUCUCACCGCUGGCUGCAGCACAACUGCAAACUGAACAAGGUGGAGCGUAAGGUCACCACCUUUAACCUGGAUGGCAGGGCCUUCAUCCAGGGGCCACUGAAGCAGCAGCUGCCUGUCAUGAUGAAGGGGACAGUCGGUGUGCAUGUGGUCAUGAACCUUCCUGCCUUGGCCCUGGAGUUCCUGGAUGCCUUUAGAGGCCUGCUAGACCAGGGACAUUCCUGUGCUGUGAACCUGCCGCAGGUGCACUGCUAUGGGUUCUCUAAGGAGGAUGACCCCCAGAAAGAUGUGGUGGAAAGGGCCUCGGCCAGCCUGGGUUUCUCCCUAGAGGGGUUGUGCUCUGUACAUCUAGUGCGGAACGUGGCCCCCAACAAGGAGAUGAUGUGUGUGAGCUUCACCAUCCCCAAAGAGGUUCUCUUCAGCAGAGAGCGCACACAGACGGAAGCCAUAGAAGAACCAGCCCCAAAGAGACAAAAGUGUGCGGAGACAACAAAUUGAAUAUAUUUGACCAAGGAGCUCAUUCUGAGACCUUGAAUUGUACAUUUUAUUUUUGAACUCAUGUUAUUUUAUAAUAGUGUCAAUAAGGCUGACAUGAUCUAAAUCAUGGUUAUGCCUUGACCUAAAAAGCACAUACAAUCAGGUAUGUGUUGACUGUAUUUGAAAUACUGGUCCAUUAUCCAGGUCCCACAAAUAGGCAUUGUUUCAAUAGUUUUCUUAUCCAACAACUGUCUUCAUGUGUUUGUUUUUUUAAAUAAAAAAAUAAGAUCAUACAAAAAUGGCAA